UGAGCUUCAACAGCUCCCUAUGCCAAUACACAGUGUGACGUCACAGAUUACUCUCCAUGGCUAUAAGUUGCCAAGUUGUAUGACCACGAGGUUUUGCUUAUAAAAAAUAUAUUAAAUACCGUGAGUUCAUAAAAAGCUAAUUGCAAUUCGUUUUGAUAUAAAAAAUGACAAGAUUUGCUCGAGCUAAAGGCUCCAAGGCUUCUAAUGAGCGUCUCCUAGACGAGCCAACUCCAUGGCAUUUGAUGAAACAACAACUUGAGUCCUCAGCUACAUCCAAGGAGAUCACCGAAAAAGUUAAAUCUGCUCAGGAUCUUCUGAAAGAACAAGAUGAUCUGUAUUAUUUUGAUACACUUGGAAACUCCAAAGUUGAUUGGGCUGAUAUUGAGCCUGAAAACAAUAACUCAACACCAUCUAAUAAAAAAAAAAUAAAUACACCGGACAAAAAAUCUAAUAAACAUAAGCUGGCAGAGUCAGUUGAACCAUCUAAUGCAAUCAUAAGUGAUUCAGUUACUCCAGACCCUUCAACUGUUGUAGAAACUGAAGUACCAUCAACUAAAAAACCUAAAAUCAAUGAUAACAUAAAUGAACCUUUGCAUAAAAAAGCUGCAGAUGAACAAAAAGCUUUAGCGAGAUCUGAAAAGAAUAGAAAAAGAAGACAAGAAAAAAAAUUAAAGUAUAGUGGAUGCGAACCACCUAAAAAAAAGCUUUCAAAACCACGUGAUGAUUUAGAACACAAACGUCGAAAGCCAUGUCCACCAAGUGAAAAAGUAACAAUAAAUGGUUUUGAAGUUGAAAUUGUUCAUUAUGAUGGUUUUCCAGUUAAAAAAGAAGAUGCUGAUAGACUAAAAGAAUUACGUUCACAAAUGAUAUUAAAAGGAAUACCAAAACAACAAAUUGAUGCUGCAAUGAAACUUGAAAGAAGAAAAGCUGAAAAAGCAUUAACAAGGAUUAAAAAAACUGUUUGUUUUCAUUGUCGUAAAGCUGGUCAUAAUUUAUCUGAUUGUCCUGAAAUUGGACAAGAAGUUGUAACUGGUAUUUGUUUUCAAUGUGGAUCAACAGAACAUACACAUUUUGAAUGUAAAGUUGUUAAAAAAGAUGAUUUUAAAUUUGCAUCAUGUUUUAUUUGUCGUGAACAAGGACAUAUAGCUAAACAAUGUCCUGAUAAUCCGAAAGGACUUUAUCCACAAGGUGGUGCUUGUAAAUUAUGUGGUGAUGUAACACAUUUGAAAAAAGAUUGUCCUGAUUUAAAAAUUGAAAGAGAAGAAAAUCUUAUGACAUUAGGUACUAUUGGAAAUUCAAAUUUAGAAUCAUUAGAUAAUCAGCCAAUACAUAUAAAUAAUGAUUGUAAAAAACCAAUUAAACAAGUUAUUAAAUUUUAAAAAAUAUUUCAUGUUUAUUUUUUAUUAAAUAUUAAUUAUGUAAAUUUGGAUACUUUUUUUUUUUUUUUAAAAUAAGGUCACGGGCUCAAUUUCUGAACUCUUUAGGCU